AUGAGCACCGAAACAGGCUACAAUUACGGCGGUCCAUACCAUCGGCGAGGUUCACUGGAAGUCACCGAAGGUCUCAAUUUGCAAAGUCAAGGUGGCACAUUGAACGGUUUCACUGCUGGGCAACUCCAUGGCCGAGCACUUUUUGACCACCCCGAAGUUAUGAAUUCACCCUCUCAAGGUGGCUCACUGAUCGGAAACACAAUUACUGAAGCCCAUAACAGCUGGCUGAUGCCUCCCUUUCCAGGCUCGUUAGACUCACCUAGAGGCCGAAGUGAUGGUGGUGAUAUGGCUCGUGGAGACAAUUACCACCAAACUCCCAUCCAAUCUUCCAACCAAGGCCGGAUGGAACAUGCACCUGCACGUCGAGACCGAGACGAGCGUUUGAUUUCCCCUUCUCAUUGCAGAACCGGAACCCGGCCUGAUCCUCAGUUUGGUUCGCGUGGAACCACCGAUCCGCGCUUCCUGCGAGACUCACAAGAUAAGGAGCUACCGCAUACCGAUAUGUUCGAAAGUGGCAUUGGAGACGUACCAUCUAGGUUUUCAAACCCCUUACCGGCCCAAUCAAUGCAGACCUUCGAGGCAAUGUCGACGCGAUGUGGAUUGGAAGACCCUUAUCAUGCGAUCGCGAUGUAUCAAGCGGAGGUCAAUGGCGAAGACAAUCGCCAUAUGGCUCAGGCCACAGCGAAUGCCAAACUAGUGAUGGAGAUCGUACGUGUCAAUGGCAAAAUUGACACGUUAACCGGCCAAUUGGCAACCAUCACCGAGGCCGUUAUUGCGCUCACCCAACAGCCCGGUUCCCGACCAGCACCAGCUUCCACAUCUGCAGCAGUUCAGCCUGCCACCCCUUGCGAAUUGACCGCGCGGGGCAAGUGGGUAGCAAGCCCCAAACUAAUGAAGCUCAUUAACCCCUUGGCGCUCAAACUCCUGUUUUCACCCCUAAUUGAAGGAUAUACAGCUAUCGAGACUCGGCGCGAAGGCUAUCUCCCGAAUUCAUUGUUUAAUACUAUGAAGGCGUCUGCAGAACAAGAGGCCCGUAAGCAUUCUCGGACUGACCCGCCCAGUGGUAUGAACUCGGGUCGCUCAGGCAGGGCAGCGAAAUUCACACCCCACGACAAAACAGGGCAGAGCGAUUUGGAUGAGCUCAAUGAUGGCACGUUGACAGGGAUCGUUGCAGUUCAUGUAGCCAAUCAAUUUCAAUGA